AUGGCGUCGAGCAAAGGUCUAUUUUCUCUCUGUACAGACUCAUUAAUGCCCCCUGACAUGCUCAGGAUUGUGCUCCUGGGGAAGACUGGAGUAGGAAAGAGUGCAUCAGGAAACACCAUUCUGGGUAAAGAAGUAUUUACUGAAGAUGUGUCUGAUGAAUCAGUGACCAGUGAGUGUCAGAAAGAGACAGCAAAAGUCUGUGGGAGACAGAUUUCUGUGAUCGACACUCCAGGACUGUUUGACACGAGUACUGAUAAUGAUGAGAUCAGAAAAGAGAUUAUUAACUGCAUCUCUAUGGCAGCACCUGGCCCUCACGUAUUCCUACUGGUGCUGAGAAUAGGACACUUCACACAGGAGGAGAGAGAGGCAGUGAGAAUCAUUAAACAAAUAUUUGGUCAGAAAUCCAACAUAUACACUAUUGUGCUCUUCACAGGAGGUGAUAUGCUGAAAGGAAAGACAGUUGAACAGUACCUGGAAAGGUCUGGGACAAAGUUAAAGAGGCUUUUAUCAGACUUUGGUAACAGAUAUCAUGUUUUUAACAACAAUGAUAAAUCCAGCAAGACUCAGGUCCUGACUCUUCUAAAUAACAUCGACUUGAUGUUGAGGGUAAACAGAGGAAGCUGCUACACUAAUGAAAUGUUUGAGGAGGUUGAGAAAGCCCUAGAAAAAGAAAAGGAGAGAGAGGAGCAGAUAGAGAGAGAGAAAGAUGAGCUGAAGAAGAAACAUGAAGCUGAAAUAGAGGCAAUAAGGAGAGAGAUGCAGAGCCAAAAAGAAAGACAAGAGGCAGAAGAGAGAAGAAAAGAGAAUUGGGAGAGACAAAGAGAGAAGGAAAAGAAACAGAGAGAUCAAGAGGAGGAAAGAAAGAGGAGAAAACUACAAGACCUUCAAUUAUCUCAACAACAAGAGUGGGAGAGGAGGAUGAGAGGAGAGAAGGCGAAGAGAAAAGAGCAGGAGAAGAAAUGGGAGAAAAGAAUGACUGAUAUGGAGAAAAAAUGGAAUCAGCACAACAGAGAGCUGGAGAAACUGAGGAGAGAGACAGAAGAAGCAGCCAGGAAACAGGCAGAGGAGAAAUUUAAUGAUAUACUGUAUAAAAGAGUUAAAGAGGCAAAGAAAUAG